GAUGUGGAAUUACGAAUAUUUGCUCUUUUAAGAGAAUUGCUUUUAUAUAAGCGGAGGAUUUUUUUUAAUUCCUAUUUUUAAAUUUGCACUUUAAUUGGCUGCAUAUUUAAAUUUUUGUCCUGCUUUCUCCAGCAUUAUUAUUAUACUUGAUCGUAUAUACGUCUGCUUGAUAUCGAAUAUUUUUCGUGCAAUUUGAUAAAAGUGAAUGAUAAUAAAAAACAUACAUCAGUCUGCCAAUAUUAAUUUGUGCAAUUAUAAAUCUAAUAAGCUAUCUUAGAAUGUUAUCUGCUCAAAUAUAAAAUAAUCGAGACAUAUAAUUCGCAAAAUAGAACAUGGAUUUAGUUUCAAAUGUUUUAGAAAAAUUUUAUGCAUUUCUCAUAGACUUCUUUUUCACGAAACAUGAAUGGACUUGGGACAAAAAAAACUCAACAUCAUCAAUCAAAUUAUCGGAUGAUAAUUUAAAUAUUAUAUUUCAUCCCGUAUAUAGCACUGGCACAGCAGUCGUGAAGGGUAACAAGCCACUGGAGAAAGGACGACAUCAUUUUUGGGAGAUUUUAAUGAUAACAGAAAUAUAUGGCACAGAUGUAAUGGUUGGUGUGGGAACUGCAAAUGCAGAACUCAAUAAUGCAGGUGAGAUUUUUUGCGCUCUGCUCGGACGAGAUCAAGAAUCUUGGGGUUUUUCACAUAAAGGAUAUUUACAGCAUAAUGGUAAGGAGUAUAAAUAUGGAACAACCUUUUGCCAAGGUAAUUUGGUGGGUGUACAUCUCGAUGCUUGGAGUGGCACAUUACAAUACUUUGUUGAUCGAAAGCCGCUAGGUGUUGCUUUCACAAGGCUGAACAAUGUUGCACUUUACCCAUUAAUAAGCUGCACAAUGGCUAAAUGCGAAAUGAAAUUAACAUAUAGCUGCUCGAUACCAGUAUCUCUGCAAACUGCUUGCCUAGCAGUCUUAUCACCUUUACAAAAAGCAUAUCUAUCGAAAACAUUUCCCGGUUUGCGUUAUAUUUCCGAGAAUAUAUUUGCCGAUAUACUACAAAAAUCUAUUGAUUAUGAUAAUGAAGAGGAUAUUGAAUUUCCUGCGGAAUAUGUUAUUUUAGAUGAUUUUGAUUAUGCCCUUGUAGGAAUUGGAGUAAAAAAGAAGAGAUAUUAAUGAAAAAAUAUUUAUAUUACAUGUAGGCCUGUGACAAAUAGCCAAGUAAUUAAUAUACAGAAAUUAUUUCUACACAUAUUUAUGUAUAUAAAAUGUAUAUUCAAUUGUAAUAAAAUAGAAAUUUUAUGUACAAUGUAA